AUGCUCCAUGCCUUGCCACCAGAAUUGUUUUCUAUGGUUUUGGAAUACGUUUGUGCCUGUAUCGCUCGGCUUCAUGACGCUAGGCUAACUACUCAGUUCUACCGAAAUGAGGAUCUGAAAAACCUCUGCUUGGUCUCAAAAGCCUUGCACUCAGCGACUAUACCACGACUAUACCGAUCGAUAGUUCUUUUUUCGAGAAACGAGGAUAAUUUAAGUGACUUGAACUUUGGACCUCUCUUAGAUCGGGGUUCUCGCUAUCUUAAAUUUACAAGGGAGGUCAUUCUGAUCGCGGAGUUCCGUCAAUUACUACGCCAUCGCUGUCAUGACCAUGACUCGGAUGACUCGGAUGACUCGAAUGUCGAAUAUGAUUCCUCCAGCGAUGAAACGGAACUCGAAAAUCAAGAAAUUUCUCGAAGACUUUCUGUUGGGGAAGAUGGAAACGGAGGUAUACCUUGUGACGAGGACCAGGAGAAUCCGCCAAACAACAUAUCCCAGCUAUCAGAGUGGCGCAACGAUCGCUCUGAUAUUUCUUCAAACGGUCAUUCUCAUGCUGACUUCCCUGAUGGAGACUCGGAUGACCUCACGCGGCAAGAAUGGACGCCACAUGGGCAGUUUAUGAAGAUUUUGACGUCAAGAAUACAACCUCUUCUGGAUUUGAUUCCAGAUGGUAGGUUGGAAAGGUUCAGGUACGAGUUCCUUCAUUGA